CUGUGAUCAGGUUUGUUUAGGUAAAGAGAACUAUUUAAAGGAAUGGUGUAAGGUCAAAAAAGAUCAUUUCCACUGAACAACGGAUCUGAACAGCACGAACAGAAAAAUGCAAGGCACAAUUGUCGUUCUCUUUUUUAUGCUCGCGAUUUCUCAACUAGGGGACGCGUUAAAGUGCUAUGAAAAUACAAAUGCAAAGUCGAAUAAAACCCUUGUUGAGUGUCCGUCAUUUCUUCCAAACGCCAGAUGUUUGGGAGGAAAAAUGGGUAUUAGCAUGUCGUUGGGUGGACAUAAAUUGAAAAUGGAUCGUGAGCUUUCCAUGUGCACCAUAGAAGCAGCUUGUACAUCAAUGUGUAAAAUGACAGAACAUCAACUGAAAAACAGCAUGCCCAGCAUUAAGAUUACAAGUUGCAAGACGUUCUGCUGCGAUAGCGAUGGGUGCAAUUAAACGAUAAAGAACAAGAACGCUUGUUAGAGUUUAUUUUUUUUGUUUAUUUGUUUGUAAACUUUACACAUGUGUGACUAGUAUUUUAGCUUUUGUGCGUAAAAACUUGAAAAAACACUAUGUGUUGCAAAA